UUAAUCAGUGAGGAGGAGGAGGAGAGCAGUGAAAUAUUAUUCUUGCUUCUCUGAAGAGGCUGGAGGAGCAUUAAAGUUAACCUGUGCUAGAACAGAGUCUGUUCACCUGCACGUGCAACACAUAUGCUCACUAACACCAUGAAAGGUUUGUGCUGCCUGGUCUUCCUUGGAUUCCUCCUCCUGAAUGAAGGGGUUCUGUAUACCACUGCCAAACAGUUUCAAGAUGUGCUGAGCCAUGGAAAAACUUCUUCACAUGUCAGGUACCAUAAGAAGCUGAAUGGCUGGUCUCCUGAUCAAAACAACUGGAAUGAAAAACUUUAUCCAUCUUGGGAAGAAGGAGAUCCCAGAUGGAAUGACUGCUGGAGAGGAGGAAGAGUGGUAGCCAGAUUGACCACUGACAGCCCAGCUCUAGUGGGCUCAAAUGUGUCCUUUGCUGUGAUCCUAGAGUUUCCCAGGUGCCAAAAAGAAGACAAUGAUAGCAACAUAAUAUAUGACAGGAACUGCAAGAAUGAUUCUACAGACUUUCUUGAUGAUUAUGUUUACCACUGGACUAAAUGGAUUGAUGACUGUGUUUGGAAAAACUGUACAAGCAACAAUACCCACCGUGUGUUCCCAGAUGGGAGACCUUUCCCUCACCAUCCUGGCUGGAGGAGAAGGAACUUUGUCUAUUUGUUUCACACACUUGGCCAGUAUUACCAAAAAACUGCAGGCUCUUCAGCAACUGUUUCAAUCAACACAACUAAUAUUGCCCUUGGCAAACAUCUGAUGGAAGUGCUUGUUUACAGAAGAGGCCAUCGGACAUACGUUCCAGUUGCAACAGCAAGUGCUCCUUAUGUUGUAACAGACCAAAUUCCAUUAUUUGUGAACCUUUCCCAGAAGAAUGACCGCAAUAUCUCAGACUUUAUCUUCAUCAAAGACUCACCUAUUAUAUUUGAUGUCAAAAUCCAUGAUCCUAGCCACUACCUUAAUAAUUCUGCUAUCACCUACAAGUGGAAUUAUGGAGAUGGCAGUGGCUUAUUUGUAUCAAACAGCCCUAUUAUAACUCACACGUAUACACUGGAGGGAAACUUUACUUUUAAUUUAACUGUUCAAGCUAUAAAACCUGUACCUUGUAAGCCAACAACACCUACUCCACCAUAUCCCACUUCAUCAGGGACAAAAACUCCAACUACUACUACAAACAAUACUGCUAUAACUACCAAUCCAUCUGCUAAUCUGGCUUCUCCUACCAGUGCAAGUGUAAUGGAAUACACUCCUGAUGGAGGCUGCCAUAUUUAUAGAUAUGGACACUACAAAGCUGUUAUCUCCAUUUUAGAGGCAAUCCUUGAGGUAAAUAUUAUUCAAAUGACAAGUGUCUCGAUGUCAGUGGCCCAAGCUACAAACACCCUGGUUGACUUCAUUGUUUCCUGCCAAGGGAGUCUUCCUACAAAUGCUUGCACAACGGUUUCUGACCCCACAUGCCAGGUGCCUCAGAAUAUGGUGUGUGAGUCCGUUGAAAUUACUGAUGAAUGCUUAUUGACUAUAAGAAGAGCCUUCAACGAGCCUGGAACCUACUGUGUAAACAUUACAUUGGGUGAUGACACAAGCCAAGCCCUCGCAAGCACACUGAUAUCUGUAAAUGGAGGAUCAUCUUCCAGGACAGCACAAGGUGUCUUGAUCUCCUUUGGUUUCUUGGUGGUGUUUGUGGUCAUUGUGACUUUCCUUCUUUACAAGAGAUACAAAAAGUAUAAACCUAUUGAAAGAAGUACAGGACAAGCCGUGAACCGUGAAGUACUGAGCGUUUACUUCAGCAAUUUCAAAGCAGUUCUUUUUGGUGGAAGCAAUGAGAGGGAUCCUCUGCUGAAAAGCAAACCAAGAAUUGUUUAAAUCUUUAGUCUAACUUCUAAUUGUACACUGUGUAUGGAUGGGGCUUACAUCUGAACUGUGCUUCAAUGAAUGUCUCCGUUAUAUAAGCACAGGGGUCUGGCAAACUGCAAAUGCAUGUAGAUUGAUCAAUAAUAUUUUGUGGCCUCUUUCAGAGAAAUGAAAUAGCUGAGAUUUGCUUAUGAUCUGACUCUAGAAAGCAGAAUAAAUUUAAAAAAGCUAAAUAUUUUGGAGUCUUAAAUAAAGAUUCCCUAGUGCCAAUGUACUUGCUUAUUCCCCUGUUUGUAUGCAUCUCUCAGUCUGUGUUUUGUGAGAUAGAAAGAUUUGGCUAGUAGCCAUUGUGAUCACUUUGUAAAUCUAAAUUACUAGUAUCAGGACAAUAGACAAAGUAGUGCUACUGCCUUUAGUAAAGGUUAGUUUGACUGAUUGGUCCUGAGGAUUCUGAACUGGCAAAGCAAUAGGCAGUAGUGGGUUGUGAUCCUCCAGAGGAGGAGACACACGUUAGGUCUACAGAUGAGGAUUAGGAUAGCAGUGCUUCAUGAAGUUUAAUAGAAUUCAACUGCAAGAGCUUUUCCCCACUUUUCUUACUUUGUUCCAUCUAAAUAGCCAUAAGUUUCUUCCAUUCCCUUCUUUGACUAUUCCCCCAUAUAAAUAAAAACCUCAGGCAGAGUUUUUCCAGCUCCUGCUUUUCCACUAAGAAGCCUAUGAAAUGGUAAAUCCGACAGAUAAAUGUGGCUUUGCUUGCUGCCCUGUGUUAAUUUUCAACUACAAAUCUCCCAUUGAUUUCUUUAGUAAAACCCUGUCUUUUAGCCAGUCACUCUUGUAAUUCCAUGCAUAGAAUUUGGGACUGGGAAUUUUACUGUUGCUGUCUUAGAAAUAAAAACAAGAAUGGAAGUGAAUUAUGGAAAGAGAGUCUUGCUUGUGGAAGCAAGAAGAAGGAUCAGGAGAUGAGUAAAUAGCUAUCAAGGGUCUAAACAGGUGAUUUGAUGCAACAAUUAAAAGUGGAACAAAACUAACUCUUUUAGUCUUUUAGAUGGGUGGUUAAUUUCACUCAAUUAAUUUCUGAAAACCAAUCACUGACAACCUAUACCCUUAGAAUCUGGAGCAUCUUUACAACUUUCUUCGUUCUUGGAGAGAGAGAGAGAGAGAGAGAGAGAGAAAAACCAUAUUUUGCUAUGCUUUUAGUAGCAGUUGCCUGAUGCCAUAAAUGUGACCCAUCACACACAUGCACACAUCUUUUAAUCAUUUGAAAUUUUCAACAAUUGCUCAUUUGUGACACACCUCUGUGACUAGCAGUUGCUCUCACAACUUGCUCCUUUUUUAAUUCUACUGUGGUCAUUUGGAAAAAACAUGAGUAAAAAAAUAUCAAGUUGGUCACUGCCAUGCUCUUAUACAUCUUAUUAUUUGGGCUUGUUGCAGAAAUUACUGGGUGAAGUACUUUGGCAUAUGUAACAAACAGUACAGUCACAGUAAGUUAGACAAGAUUAACUGAAUGGUUCUUUCUGACCAUAACAUCUAUAAAUCUAGGGGAGAAAUUUAAAACAAACAAACAAACAAACAAACAAACAAACAAACAAACAAACAAACUUGAAUGCAACCAAAGAAAGAAUGAAGGAGAUAAAGGAAAAGUCCUCAAUAAGGUUAUUAAGAUUUUUUGACAUAUGCAUUAAAUCCUAGCAAUCUAGCAUUCAUAUUUAUGAAGCAUCUAUCACUUUGGCAUCUAUUGCUAAUUUAACUACAGCCAUACACCAUUCUAACUUGACACAGUUUAUCUAAAGAACCUGAACAAUCUAAUCUGUUUUGAGAAUGCCAGUGCAUAGGGAUGAAGAUGGGUAGGUCAUAUCCCUUAACAUAGGGAUUAUGUUGGGGUGAGGCUAGAGAAAGUGUCACAUAGCCAAAACUCUACUAUGUUCAGUGAUAAUUGGCUAUAAAUUCCACACUGUACUGCUGUGUCCUGGCAAUAAGUGAAUGCCAUCCAAGGCUAUUUUAAGAUGCAAACAAUUCAAGAAAGUUAAAGCUGACCACUGCCUAUCCCCCCCCGGGCACUUUCACUGCGCUGAAUGGAGCUCUGACACAGCUAAUUGACACAUGAAUUUAAUAAAUGCGUGCAGCAUUGAUACCUUAAAUAGGCAUAAGGUGUUGAGUAGAUUAUGGCUGUAGUCUGCAUUUUUCUUGUUCAAAAACUGAAGACUGUAGUUUCAUACCACAGAUAGGAGCUGAAACUUCGUGUGGCAGAGAACAGGAACACUGAUCAUUUAUUUGCAUGUUGAUUAGAAUUCCUUAAAAAAAAAUUCUUCAAAUGCAUUUUUAGCCUUACAGAGAGUAUUAGUAAAACUUGUAUGUACACACAGUCCUAGUUUUCAGAUUAAAAGAGCAAAAUUGUUAAAGAAAAUAUAUAACACAAACUAUGAUCUUAAAUAAAAGUUGUUGUUAUACAUAGUGACAGGAAAGUGGUAAACUGUAUUUUGUCGGUGUUCCUCUAACUUGGAAGAGGGGAGUUUACUGGAUUCCAUGAUUCAACCAAGGAUCCCAGUUCUAGGUUCUAAAUAAAUUUUCUUUUUAAACAGCAACAGCAUGUUACUUCCAGGAGAAUUCAACAAGCUAAGCAAGAGAUCAGAGGCAUCUAACACUCAUUUAUACAAUAAGUAGCAUUCUGCCAUGCUUUGAAAUGUAAUUCAUUUUAUACUUUAACCUAAAUACAUUUAACAGCUUGCAGAAUGUUUUAAAUUUCAUGCCAGCUGAUUAAACUUUUACAACCUUUUAUUUUCUGUCUUUGCUGCAAUAACUUCCAAUAAAUCUAGUUGUAUGUAA